CCUUCUUUGUGUGUCUAUAAAAUGGAUUGGUCCGUCUCGCAUUGCACAUUGCUGUUCCAACUUCAUCUAUUUGACCAGCUGCACCAUCCACAGCCUAGCUAUGAGCAAAAACUUCUUGUCCGUGAAUGAAGAACUCCGCAAGGGAGAUUAUUUGGUCUCCAAUAACCAAGAGUUCAAAGCUGUGUUCCAGGAGGAUGGCAACUUUGUCAUCUAUGGCUGGAAGCCCACCUGGGCUUCUGAUACGGUCUCAUCAGAACCCUACCGUUUAUGUAUGCAGAAAGACUGCAAUUUCGUCAUGUAUACGAAGAACGACAGUGCCAUAUGGAACACUAAGUCCAACCGAUCCCCCUGCAACACGUGCCGCCUCUACCUAAAGGAUGAUGGAACCCUGGUGGUGGCAAGUGAGGGUCAGGACGUCUGGUCCUCUGCAAACUCCAAAGGCACGAAAUGAAGUGACAAGCUUCAUCUUCCCCUGGGUGCACCACGUCACUGUAUAUCCGCAUGUGACAAAUGUGUAGUGUGCUUCACUUUGUAGACAUUUUCCAUGUAUGUGUCCAGUAAAGGAAGUCAACAAACCAUAAAA